AUGUCGUAUUCGUCGUCUCUUUCGGUUUCUCCUUCUGCUCCUCAGUCACCUAACUUCUCCGGUGGUGGUCUCCGAUCACAGUCUUCUAUCUUCUUUGAGCAGGAGAAAGUGAGAGCAAAUAACUAUUCUUUGCUAACUCAAUUAACUGUGCUGUCUCUCCAUUUUCAUUGGUGUCUCCUGCUGACUGAUUUGUUGACUAAUUCUAACUGGUGCGUCUUACUCUUGGAAAUUGACAUUUUUGGAACAGAAAUUUUGCGUGUAACAACGCUUUUGGAGAAUGCCACAGUUUUAAGUCAGAGUGGGCUUGAUCACCCUAGCCCUCUGUCUUCUGGAGGGAUGUUUCAGAAUGCAAGAGCCGACAUGAACGGAUGGGCCUCACAGUUUCCAUCAGAAAGAUCUGUUCCAUCGUCUCCAGGACCAAAUUGGCUUAACUCACCUGGUAGUUCGUCCGGUCCAAAUUGGCUUAACUCACCUAGUACUUCGUCCGGUCUCAUUGCCAAGCGAACAAUCAGGGUCGAUAUUCCAGUCGACAGUUACCCAAAUUACAACUUUGUUGGUCGCCUCCUGGGUCCAAGAGGAAACUCCCUGAAGCGAGUUGAAGCAAGCACUGAUUGCCGUGUCCUCAUAAGAGGAAGAGGCAGCAUAAAAGAUCCAAUCAAGGAGGAAAUGAUGAGAGGAAAACCGGGAUACGAGCACCUAAAUGAACAACUUCAUAUCUUAGUCGAAGCAGAAUUACCGAUUGAAAUAGUUGAUGCGCGUCUCAUGCAAGCUCGUGAAAUACUUGACGAUCUUCUUACUCCUAUGGAGGAAACCCAUGAUUUUUACAAGAAACAACAGCUGCGCGAGCUCGCAUUACUCAAUGGAAAUCUUCGUCAAGAAGGAUCUCCAAUGUCCGGGUCAGUUUCUCCUUACAAUAGCCUCGGUAUGAAGAGAGCCAAAACAAGAGAAGGGUAA